ACGUUACGGUCGGCCAACCGAUUUUCCUCUGACAAACCCGGAAGUUGUUUGUCUGUCUGUCUCCCUCUGGCUAGAAGCAGGCAGGCGAGCAGCUCCUGUGACUGUAACCUCUCCAUUUUGUUGAAUAAAGUCCGCUUCAGCCUCCGAGCUCACCAUCUCCCCAGGUGUGAGUAAGGUGUGUGCAUGUGUGUGUGGAUUGAGUGUGUUUUGGGGUGAUGUACUGUACGUACCAGGAUCGGAAGGAGUUGGAGGAUGAUCUCUAUCAAGAGGAUGAAGGGGACUCUGAGGGGUCAGAGGCCAACAGCGAGCUGGAGUUCCACCUCUACAGCCAGCUCCACUACUCUUCUAAUGCCGGGGUGUUAGAGGAGCAGGAGGAUAGAGGAGGAGAGAAGGCGGAGGGCCAGAACAGCCAGCAGCUUGAGGUGCCUGAGAAGACUGUAGAUGUUGACGGAGAACAGGAACAGACUGGACAAAGUAGGCCUUCGUCACCUGAUUUGAGCGAGUUACUGCAGCACCUGAAGAACAAGAAGGGAGAGAAAUCUGAUAAACAGAAGAAGGGGAGAAGUGACCCUAAAGGUCAGAGGUCGUCAUCAUCAUUUUUUGAGGAGGUCAUUGUGAUUGACUCCAGCCCUGAUGUCAUCUCCAUCUCUGAUGAUGACACUACCGAUGAUGAUAAAGGGGUCUGCGCAUUAAAGGGCCGAGGCUUAAACCAGCGGCAGACUUCUACCCCGGCCCAACAGGGAACCCAGAAAAGGAGUCUCCGUGUGCCAGUGACUGUGAACUCCAGCAGCUCCGAGUCAGAUUCAGAAGAGUCGGAAUCAAAGUCUGAGUCGUCAGAUUCCUCCGAUUCUGAUGGUCUGGAGAACUGGAUGAUCCUGGGUCGAGGGAAGCAGGAUGGAGACCAGUCCAUCUCACUCAACCUAGAGGGAGGGUCUGACAGCAACACAGAUGUUGAAGAAGAAGUGGGCAGCUGGUUGGUUUCUGCCAAAGACAAGGAGGCUCGGAUCUAUAAUAAAGACAAGGGUGCCAGGAUAACGGUGUCAAACAGAUACUAUACUAACAAGAACGUCCAGUGUAGAAACUGCAACAAGAACGGACAUCUCUCCAAGAACUGCCCCGAGCCCAAAAAGUUGCCACCCUGCUUCCUUUGUGGCAACCCAGGCCACCUGGUCAGUGGAUGUCCCAAUAAGCACUGCAACAACUGCGGCGUGCCUGGGCACCUCUACAAUUCCUGCAGCGAGAGAGCAUACUGGCGCAAACAGUGUGAACGCUGCAGCAUGACGGGGCACUUCUCUGAAGCUUGUCCAGAGAUCUGGAGACAGUAUCACAACACAACUAAGGAAGGUCCUCCUGGAAAGCAGCAACGAAAAGAACACCGGAGUCGACACCAUCCCUCCUGCUACAACUGCUCCAGGAAAGGACACUAUGGCCAUGCAUGUAAACUGCAGAGGAUGUUCAAUGGGACAUAUCCCAGCACCCCAUUCAUUAACCACUAUGACACUGCAAAGGACAUCAAAUGCAGACAAGACUGGAUAAUGUCGAAGGCUAAAGAACUGAAGAAAAAUGGCUUUUUACCUGCCUGUUCUCAGACCCCUCUCACUCCAGGACCGCCAAAGAAGAAACAGAAAAUCAGCCAUCACAAAAGUAACCCCCGGCCUUACCAUACACCUCACCAAAGCCCAAACAAGCCUACCCCCAAAUCCAGCCAUAUCUUUUUUAAUGACAACGAUGACUUUGGGUCCGCAGCACCCAAAACGAAUAACAACAAUAAGCACAAACAACAGAAAGGCGCUAGCAAUGUGAAACCGUGGAAACCCAAGAGACCAGUGCCCACCGCGAAAGACUCUCACCCACCAACUAAACUCAUUUUGGAUGAAGCAGAUGACUUUCCCAGAGGUGGGGGCAAAGGAGAGGAUAUAGUGAAGAAGAGGAAUAGGUUGAAGAAAACGAAGCAAGUUCCUUUAGCGCAACCAGAAGGACACAGAAAGAGCAGACCAGACCGUCUCUGUUGGACUGUAACUGGAGAGAUGCAGGGGUCAGCGUCAAAGCAAGAGAAAGGAAAGCGGAAAAAGAGAAAUCGAGCCCGGAAGAGCGCUGACAAAAAGGGUGCUGCACAGAUGUACCCAACAGAUGAGAACCUGUUUAUCAUCAAACAGAAGAAGAAACGCAACAGAUAUUAUGAGUCUGUUUGAGAUGUAGGUGUCAGGGUCUGCCGGGGCAGUGAUCUUCAUGACCAAUACAUAUAGUACAUAUAGUAUGUCCUUGUGACAUUUAGGGACCUGUCAGACAUUCUGUUGACUCAGGUGCUUUAUGAGGUGCACAGGCCUUUUUUUAACGGAAGACGUUUUGACAUGUCACAGAAGGAAAAGCACAGGUGUAAAUAAUAAAAUUAAUGAUGGCUGAAUUUAUCUGCUUCAGGUUCAGGGUCCUGGUAUUGCGCAUGCUGACUCAUUGUCACACUGUCAGGGCGUACUGGGACACUUGGAUAGAACAAAGCAAUUGUUAGGUUCACAAUUUUUGAAAUUGUCUGUCUUAAAGGUAUAAUAUGCAGUAUUUUACAAAAAAUGUAUAGACUUAUACAAAAAUAAUCCCUCUCAAACAUCACUUGUGACCGACUAGAAGUGUGUGGCAACCCUGCCCUCUGCCUGUUUUGUUUUUUUCCCUUAUUUUUCUGUGUGCGGGACGUUUAUAGGCGUCUGCUAAGAGCCUUUGGCCCCCACGUGAACAUGGAACCCCCAGCCAGUAACCUCGGCAUCUCAUACCAACGCAAAAGUUUAACCACCACAGACACAAACAGGAUGAUGCUCUGCAUUCACACAAAAUCUGGCAAUGUGGUACCUUCCCGCAGAGGUGUGCGUGUUUAUUUGUGCUCCAGAACGUUACAACCGUGAAACAUAACGUUUUAUUCUCUCUGUCUCUCUCUCUCUCUCUCUCUCUCUCUCUCUCUCUCUCUCUCUGAACAGUGUGUGUUUACAAACCGUAAGCGAUACCUCCUACAUGUUAUACCUUCAAAGCAAUAGUCAGGUGUCCAUGUGAACAUUAGAACCAUUUCUUCUCGCUGUAAUACUUCCUCCGGUUCACACUGAGAUCCUUUCCUAAUACACUCAGUUUAAGUGAUGAGCGAAUUCACAGUCUUCGUUUUGUAUAAAAAUGUUUAUAACUAAUAUGGGGCUUCAGCAGUCUGAGUUAGACAAAUCAAGUGGAUAUCUUUCAAAAAUCUUUCUUUUUAGUACAAAAUCCCCUCUUUUUGUUACAAUCUCUCCACGGCAGCUAACCAGUGAAAUGCUGACCAGGGAAACAACAGGAGGGAAUUUUGUACUUUAAAGAGCGUAACAUUGGAAGAUAUCCACUUGAUUUGUCUAACUCAGACAAAAAAACGAUACAAACCUACAUUGGAAACACUUUUGAUUAUAACAAGCAACACUUGUUUUAAUGUUCAUAUGGGCAACUAACUAUCGUUUUAAGACAAACUUAAAAAAAAAAAAAAAAAAAAAAGUGAAGUUAUUCUGUAUUAAUUAGCUCCACCUGUACUUUUCCUACAAGGACGAGUCAAAAUGUCUGCUGUCUCCUGGGGUCAGUGUGAGAAUUAUAGCCCCUAUUCAAACUGUGGCAUCAUUUUCGCAAUGAUGUCACUUAAUAUAUAUGGAGAUAGACAAUGAAGAACCCAGUUAAGAGUUCAGUUCAGUCUGUUCACAUUAGUUUCUGCACAUUGCAAAAUUUGAAUUGAAAAUAGACUUUGCUCUGUGAAGUAGAUCAUUUCAUAGUGCCUCUGCUCUGAACACGUAUUCUUAAAGUUGUUGCUGCUGUUUGCAGUUGGAACCAAAGGAUGACGGAUUUUUUUUAAAUACUCUUGAAAAUGGUUCUCUUUUAUUUAGAACUGAAGAUAUGCCUUUUUUCUAUAACACUCAUUAAUUCGUUCAUCAUCUAAUUAUAUUAACAUACUGUAAAUACCUCUAUUGCACAUCAUGUUUGAUUCAAUUCUGCAGAUAGUCGCCUCACCAGUUCUUUUGUGAUCUGGAUAGAAUGCAUCACUGGCAUGCAGCCCUGACAGUAUUCAUUUUAAACCCUCCCUAUUUAAAUUCAGUUGUACAUGGUCUUAUUUGUUAUGGUUUUAACAUGAUGAAACCUUAUUAACAUACCAUGAAAGAUUAUGAGACAGUUCUAUGAUAACAUGAAUACUGGCUACCUGAAGCACUUGGAAAAUUACAACUUGAAUCUGCUCUGUCUGACUCAGUUCUGUGAUUCAGGAAGAGAAAUCUGUUGCAUUAGUUUUGUGCUUCAUCUAAGACCUGUUUACACUGGUCCAUUCAGUAACUGUUGCAUAAUUAUUCACAUUGCAUUUAUGAUGAUACAUUAAAAUAAUGUGGUUCCAGUC